AUGGCGGCCUCUUGGUUUGCCCUGCGCGGCGGCCGCCAGCUUGCCCUGCGCUCGCGUGUGCGUGCCACUCCCUCAGUCGCCCGGACGGCUUCGCUUUCGCCCUUGAAUGCCUCGCGACGCUUCUUGACUACUUCGACUCCUCCGGCGACUCGCCGUGGCGUCUAUACUAGCUCCGUCAACGCCCAUGGCGAUCCUCAUCCCCAAGAUAUCUUCCAACCCCUCGAUACAUUCCCUCGUCGCCACAUUGGCCCCUCUCCCGAUGCCGCCUCCGAGAUGUUGGCCGUGCUGGAUCCCCCAGCGGCUUCUCUGGACGAAUUCGUCAAGCAGGUUCUUCCCGAGGACAUCCUGUCCAAGAAGGAUAUGAAGGUUACUGAGCCUACUGCCGACAUCAACUUGUACCGCUCCCCGUGCAAGGCGCUCCUGGACACCUAUCGCAAGCAGAUUGAUGUCUCAGGCAAGACCUACAUUGGUACCGGCUACUACCCGACCAUUGUUCCACCCGUUAUCUUGCGCAAUGUUUUUGAGAACCCCGCCUGGUACACCAGCUACACUCCCUACCAGCCCGAGAUCUCCCAGGGUCGUCUGGAGUCUUUGCUGAACUUCCAGACCCUGACAGCCGAUCUGACCGGUCUGCCCUUCGCCAAUGCUUCCGUGCUGGAUGAGGCUACCGCCGCCGCCGAGGCAAUGACCAUGUCCUUCGCCACUAUGCCCCUCUCCAAGCAGAAGAAGGCCAACAAGUCCUUUGUUGUGUCCCACCUCUGCCACCCCCAGACCAUUGCCGUGAUGCAGUCGCGUGCCGAAGGAUUUGGAAUCAACUUGGUUAUUGGUGAUAUUUUGGCUGACGACUUCAAGGUCGUCAAGGACCAGGGUGACCACUUGAUCGGUGUUCUUGCCCGGUAUCCCGACACCGAGGGUGGUGUCUUCGACUUCCAGUCGCUCAGUGAUUCCAUCCACGGCCAGGGUGGUACUUUCAGCGUCGCUACCGAUCUCCUCGCUCUGACCGUUCUCAAGGCUCCUGGUGAGUUCGGUGCUGAUAUUGCUUUCGGUAGUGCCCAGCGAUUGGGUGUCCCCAUGGGCUUCGGUGGUCCCCACGCCGCUUUCUUCGCUUGUGCCGACAAGUACAAGCGUAAGGUGCCCGGUCGUGUCGUGGGUGUCUCCAAGGAUCGCCUUGGCAACCGUGCUCUGCGUCUGGCUCUUCAGACCCGUGAGCAGCACAUUCGUCGUGAGAAGGCUACUUCCAACAUUUGUACUGCUCAGGCUCUACUUGCCAACAUGACGGCUAUGUACGCUAUCUACCACGGUCCCGUCGGCCUGAAGUCUAUUGCUCAGCGCAUCAUGUCCAUGACCUCCCUCCUCCGUGAGAAGCUGGCUUCACUGGGCUACAACGUCCCUAUCCGUUCCAAUACCGAGGGCGGUGCUGUUUUCGACACCCUUGCUAUUGAGCUCGGCAGUGCUUCUGAGGCCGACGAGGUCGUUGCCAAGGCCCGCGAUGCUUCCAUUUACCUUCGCCGUCUCCCUGGCAACAAGGUCGGCCUUUCUCUCGAUGAGACUGUUGGCCGUGACGAGGUCAAGGGCAUCUUGGAUGUCUUUGCUGCCCAUAAGAACGUUGCCUCCGUCGAGGUUGACGGCACUCUCGGUAUCACCUCGAUUCCCGCCAGCCUUGAGCGUACCUCGUCUUUCAUGACCCACCCCGUUUUCAACACUCACCACUCUGAGACUGAAAUGCUGCGUUACAUUCAUCACCUCGAGUCCAAGGACUUGUCUCUGGCUCACUCGAUGAUCCCUCUUGGAUCUUGCACUAUGAAGCUGAACGCUACCACAGAAAUGAUCCCUGUGUCAUGGCCUGAGUUCUCCCAGAUCCAUCCCUUCAUGCCCGCGAAGGAGUCCAAGGGCUACAUCCAGAUGAUCGAUGACCUGGAGCAGCAGCUUGCUGAUAUCACCGGUAUGGCCGAGGUCACCGUUCAGCCCAACUCUGGUGCUCAGGGUGAGUUCGCUGGUCUGCGUGUCAUCAAGAAAUACCAGGAGGCUCAGGGUGGUUCCAAGCGCAACGUCUGCUUGAUUCCCGUGUCCGCCCACGGUACCAAUCCCGCCAGUGCCGCCAUGGCCGGUAUGAGCGUCGUCACCGUCAAGUGCGACAUGAAGACCGGUAACCUCGAUCUUGCUGAUCUCAAGGCCAAGUGUGAGAAGCACAAGGACGACCUCGCCGCUUUCAUGAUCACCUAUCCCAGCACCUUCGGUGUCUUCGAGCCCGGUGCCAAGGAGGCUAUCCGUCUUGUUCACGAGCACGGCGGUCAAGUGUAUAUGGACGGCGCCAACAUGAAUGCCCAGAUCGGACUCUGCUCUCCUGGUGAGAUCGGCGCCGAUGUCUGCCACCUGAACUUGCACAAGACCUUCUGCAUUCCCCACGGCGGUGGUGGUCCCGGCGUUGGUCCCAUUGGUGUCGCAGAGCACCUGCGUCCCUUCCUCCCCUCGCACCCCACAAGUGAGCACCUCCAAGCCAAGCGCGGCGACAACUCCUCCCCACCCAUCUCCGCUGCCCCCUGGGGCUCCGCCUCCAUCCUCCCCAUCACCUUCAACUACAUCAACAUGAUGGGCGAACGCGGCCUCACCCACGCAACCAAAAUUACCUUGCUCAACGCAAACUACAUCCUCUCCCGCCUCAAGUCCCACUACCCGAUCUUGUACACGAAUGAACACGGCCGCUGCGCACACGAGUUCAUCCUCGACGUCCGCGGCUUCAAGGAAACAUGCGGAAUCGAGGCUAUCGACAUCGCCAAGCGUCUCCAGGACUAUGGUUUCCACGCACCUACCAUGUCGUGGCCCGUUGCCAACACCCUCAUGAUCGAGCCCACCGAGUCCGAAAAUAAGGCUGAGCUGGACCGCUUCUGUGAUGCGCUCAUUUCCAUCCGUAAGGAGAUCGCCGAUGUUGAAGCUGGCAAGCAGCCACGUGAGGGUAACGUUCUCAAGAACUCCCCUCACACUCAACGUGAUCUGCUUGGCGCGGAGUGGAACCGCCCCUACACUCGCGAGGAGGCCGCUUACCCGCUGUCUUACCUUUUGGAGAAGAAGUUCUGGCCCACUGUGACUCGUGUUGAUGAUGCUUUCGGUGACCAAAACCUGUUCUGCACGUGCGGCCCUGUCGAGGACUCGGACUAG